CAGGCAAUUGAUGAUUUUAUAUUAUCAUCUUCUAAUCAUUAAUGUUAAAACUAGCAUAGAAUUUAUAUCUAUAAAUUUAGUGAAAAAAUUAUUUUUAUAAAAUUAUAAUCUGAUAUGUAUAAUAAUAUAUAUAUAGUUCGGAAAACGUGAAUAUAUCAGCAAAACAAUCGCAUUUACAUUAUAAUCUAUGUGGAGCAACUCUUAUUUUUGUUUGUCUAUGGCUCAAGCACGAAACGUCAACGAAAAACAGUUUUGAUAAGAAAUUUUGUUCUCUUACAUCUGUACAAUUAACGAUAAUUAUCGAAUAUGAGAAUCGUUUGUGCUGCAUUAAAUUGUAAAUAUUCAUCGGAAAAUGAAGAUUUGUCAAAUGUGAUUUUCAUUAAUUUUCCUAACGAUGACACAGCCAAAACGUGGGCAGAAUGUUGUGGCAGAUCGGAUUUAGCCACAAAAUCGAAUGCAGAAUUGCAUUUAAAUUAUUACAUUUGCUCCCAUCACAUUGAAGAUCGUUAUUACAUAAGCAAAACUGUGCCUAUUAUUAUACAAAAAGGUACUAUUCCUACCUUAUUUAGCAUCAACUCGAGUACCAAUAAUGAGGAUUCAAUAAGUAUAUUUGAUAAAUCACAGCAUCUUCAAGAAGUAGAUGAUAAUAUGCCUUUAACAUAUUGUGAUAUGAAUGUCGAGAUAGAUGAAUAUCAUGAUAUUACCAUCAGAUUUACCAAUUUGUGUCGAAUCUGUGGUGAAUCUGCUUUGGAUGGAAUAGAUAUUUUUGCAGCCAAGGGUAUAGAAUUUAAAUUAAGAGAAAAAAUAAAUUUACAUAUGCCUAUUUCAAUUGAUAUACAAGACUCAAUGCCACAUAAAGUAUGCAUCGAUUGUUGUAAUAAACUGGAAAUUGUGCACAUGUUAGUUGUUUCAUGUUUACGAGCUGAUAUACGGAUGAAAAGAUUUUUAAAUAUUGAAAGACAGGCAGAGUAUGACAAUAAAUACAAUGCAUUAAUUCAUGAAUAUUCAUUAGAGGUGGCUCAAGAAAUAUGUGUAGAUGAUGGUACGAAUCCUAAUUCAUUUAUUACAAAUAAGAUAGUAAACCCUUCAGAAACAAAUUUGAGAGAAUUGGGAAAUGGUGUAUGUUCUGAUAUACAGAAUCAUAAUUUUCAAAGCAUUACAAAGAAUAUUGUGCCAUCAGAAUUGAAUACUCUGAUUCAAUCCUGUACAGAAGUUAACAGCAAAGUUAAUGAGAAUAUUGCGGAAGAAAUAUUACAAAUUCAACAAGAUAAAAUCCAGAAUGAAAGUCAUAGCAUUUUAUGCUUGCAGUGCCAAACUUUGUGUGAUACACAGGAAAUAUUUGAGAAUCACCAAAUAUUUUGUAGUAAGAAAGAAGACGUUGCUAAACAUUUACCUAUAUCUAGAAUUGCAGAAAAUAAAAAGUAUAGGAAUGAUCAAGUUAGCUGUAAAAUAAAAAAUUCUCAAACAUACAAUAAAAGUUGUGAAAAUAAGCAAGUUAUUGAUAAAGCUGAAUUAUACGAAUCAAUUUAUUGUACUGUUUGUAAUCAAGCAUUUAAAUGUCAGCAGGAUUAUGACAAUCACAAAUGUCUUCAUGAAAAUCUUAUUAAUGGAUUAAAUAAGAAGUGUGGUCAUUGUAAAAAAGUUUAUCACAAUAAGAAAGACUUGUUAAAUCAUAUUGUAGAAUCGCACGAGGGGCGAUUAUUAUUUCAGUGCUCUACAUGUGAUAAGAUGUACGAGAAAUGGUCUAGCUUGGACAUUCAUGAAGCUACUCAUAGACUAGAUAAACCAUACCUUUGCGAUCUGUGUGGGAAAAGUUUUAAGCAUUCUAAUAAUUUGAGAGGUCAUAAAAGAAUUCAUUUAGAUGAAUCCAUAAAGAAAAGACACAUGUGUGAGAUCUGUGGCAGUGCAUUCAGAUCACGGUUUCAUUUGCGAGAACAUAUGAAUCAACAUGAUGGCAACAGACCCUAUUCUUGUGAACAGUGUGGGAAAGCCUUUUACAAAAGGAUUCAGUUACGGCAACAUAAAUUAUCGCAUGGAUUUAAUAGGCAUACAUGUCCAAUUUGUGGUGCGACAUUUAAUCGCAGAGGAAACAUGAACGCGCACAUGAAACGACAUAAUGCGAUUGGAACAUAUACAUGUAGCGUCUGCGCCUACAAAUGCAAGUCCAUGAGCGAGUUGAAAAUACAUAGGAAAAAACAUAGUGAAGAAGAAAUAGUAGAUAGUAUCAAGAAGAAAUGUAAUGACAAGGAGAUAUGGCGGUGUAACGUCUGCAACAAGGUAUUCCCAAAGCGCACUGUUCUGAUAAAUCAUGAACGCGUACACGGGGACGAUAAAUUGUACGAGUGCGAGGAAUGCGGUAAAAAAUUAGCGAGUAAAAGCUCGUUGAUAUUUCACAAGAAAUCGAUACAUCUGAGAGAGAGAUCGCAUAUGUGUCAUAUAUGUGGAAUUGCAUUUGUUUCGAAAGAGGCGCGACUGAUUCACGAAAGGAUACACACCGGAGAACGUCCUUAUGUCUGCAAGGUGUGCAAUACGCGAUAUAGAUGUUCCAGUAAUCUCAGUCAGCAUAUGAAGAUCCACACAGGUCUUAAGCCGCACAAGUGUCAUCAUUGUAACAAGAGUUUUACGCGCAAAGGCGCGUUAAUUGUCCACGAAAGAAUCCACACGGGGAUUAAGCCGUAUCCUUGCGAGACUUGUGGUAGAAGCUUUUCGCAAAAGAACGAUAUGUUGAAACACGCAAAGACGCAUAAAUUAAUGCAAUGUAACGAGUGCAACGAGCUUUUCAGAAGGAAAAAAGAUAUGUUGAAGCAUAUGACAACGCAUAAACAAGAGACUUCGGUGAUUUCAAAUUAUGUCGAUUCACCGUCACAUAUUCGAGUUUAUGCCAGUACAACUGCCUCUUCGGAUAGAGAGAGAGAAUGAAUAAUAUCAAUUUUUUAAUGGAAAAUAAUAUUUUUGACUGAUGGUGUUGGUUUCAUCGUCUGAAUUGAAAACAGAUCCAUGUCGAAUAAGUUGUAUCGGCUGUGGAACGUUUACAUGGAUAUGUAUAUUUAUAUUUUUUAUUAUUGUCCGAGGCCUGACGCUGAAUUUUCGCAAGGAAAUCAGUUGACUAAUGAGUUUCGUCGAUGUUAUUAUCCAUAAUGUUUUUCAAGAGAGACGAAUGCCAUAUAAAACAAGGAAUAUAUUAGGUAUAAAAUUAAUUUUCAUGCAUAAUUUUUUGCGAUAUAUCGAUAUUAUAAUAAUUAAUUAUUUUGAGGGAUAAAAUUAUGAGAUAAUUGUUAUCUACAUAAGCUGCUAAUUGGGAACUGAGAGAAAAAUAUGAGGUGUAAUGAAAGUCAUUGUUAUAUAUAGAAUAAUACUCUUUAUUGUUUUUGAUAGUU